CGGAGCAUCCUCAAGCAAGCUGGAUCUCUUGCAGCAUUGAGCAGGAUCACCCGGACUUCUGUGAGGUGGCCGUUUCACGAUUUCAGACCGGUCAUAGUGGCCGCCACAUAUCAUCGACUUGCCAACCAUGGCGACAGGGUCGAAAGAUCCUCUACCUCCCCAUCUCUCCCCAGGACGUGAAAUACACGUGGUCAUAUCAAUACUCUCUGGCCGUCAUCAAGCCCAAGAGCACUAUGAUACGGAAGUCAAACCGCUUCUCGAUAGCUACGGGAUCGAAUACAGAACUCACACCACGACGUCAGCAAAGUCGAUCAUCACACUAACCAAAUCACUAUUCUUGAUGAAUGCCACCAAAGGUGUCAAACAAACUAUAAUCCUCCUCUCGGGAGAUGGCGGCGUUGUUGACAUCGUGGACACCCUCACAGGCAUACUCAAUCGAGGACAUACCUCAAUAUUCUUCAAGCCUGCCAUCGUUCUCAUCCCCAUGGGCACGGCCAAUGCUUUAGCAUGGAGUUCCAAAGUGGCACAAGAUCCAUUGAAGGUCAUGAUGACAGGGACUCCCAAACCCUUGCCGUCAUUCCAAGUGCAUUUCAGUCCUGGUGCAAGGCUCGUCACCGACGAAGGACAAGACCGAGAAGCUCUGGCAGAGAAAGAAGAAGAUGAAAGUGUCAUGUAUGGCGCGGUAGUCUUCAGUUGGGGUCUACACGCGAGUUUGGUAGCUAUGAGUGACACGACGGAAUACCGCCAACAUGGUAUAAAGAGAUUCGGCAUGGCAGCUGAGCAACUUUUGAAAGAUGAACAUGUAUACAAAGGGAGGAUCAAAUGGAGAAACGGAGGCUCGGAGCAGGUUGAGAUACCCACCAACGAACACUCUUAUAUCCUCGCCGUCUUGGUCUCCAACUUGGAAGAACACUUUCAAAUUUCCCCUGCAACGGAGCCGGUUGACGGCGCUCUACGACUUGUUUAUAUUGGUUCAGAGCCUGGAUCUGAGAUUAUGCGCAUACUCGGACUGGCUUAUCAGGCUGGAAAGCACGUCGAAGAUCCAAAGGUCGUCUACGAGGACAUCGAGAGUCUCAGGAUUGAGUUCGAGGAAGACGACGAGCAGUUCAGGCUGGUUUGCGUGGACGGGAAGAUUGUCGCUGUGGCCAGGGGUGGGUGGGCUGAGGUUACGAGGCUGCCAGGAACAGGUGUCGAGGCGAGACGGGUCGUCGAUCUAGUGUGUUGAUAUAGAAGGACACGCCAAUGCACGGAGACACCGCCGUGAAUUCCCAAAGGAUACCAUGUCUGUCCCGUGCGUAUGUCGUUCAUAAUGGUAAUCAGGUACAACAGCCUUGCAAGACCAGGAAGACAUUCCUUAGUCAGCUUCUUUCACGUGUCGUGCGGGGGCCAGCGCAGCUUCCGCCUGAUGCCCCUGGCGCUGACACCCGCUGACGUCCCCCC